UCAGUCUGGUUCACGAAAACGUUCAGUGUAUUACGCACGAAAAUUGAUCGUUAUCGACGACACGAUGCCACGAAGUGGUUUCAAAACGGCCAUGUUCAGGCCGAGCAGGGCCAGGACGAUAGUCCUGGUCGGUUUGGUGUUGCUCACACUUCUCGACGCCGUGAAUGGCAUACCGUACAAGAGAUCGUUGCUCAGGCUGUGCUCGAAAAGUCUCAGCGACGCCCUGUACCUCGCGUGCAAGGGUCGUGGAUACAACGAACCGUUUUCGUACAGUGGCGAGGACGACCCUAUGGACACUGUGGGGCCCGGACUCGCGGAGGAGUGUUGCUACCAUCAGUGCAGCUAUGCUCAGCUUGAACAGUACUGCAAACCGGAUAACGCCAGCUCCGUGGACGCCGUAAAGAGUCCGGUCUGGAUAAAAUACCCGUACCUGCCUACGAGGUCGGCAGCCUCGUCGUCGUCGGAAGAGAGAUCGAGGUCGGAUAUCGGCUACGUCCACGGUACAAUCAAGUGCAGGAUCCAUGGAUCGAAGGGGGCACGAAAGAAGGGGGCUAACACGGACCGUGACGACGACGCCGGCGGCUGCGAUGGGAGAAACUCGAUGAGGAGGCAUCGAACCGGCCAUUGCGGUUGCAGGCAUCGACGACAGAGGCGUCGUCGUCCUGGCAAGAUGUUAGACAAGACACCAGGCGUGAAAACAUCAAGGCACGAAACAUUAAAAUUGCCGGUGUCAUCGAACAAAAGCGAAUAAUUUCUUCAAAACGUAUGGAGAAAAAAAUAAUGAAAAACGAGGGAGAGGAAAAGAAUAAUAUCCUAAGCGGCGCCAUUUUGCCGCGUCUCGGCAUCGAACUCUCCGUUCUUACCUCUUCCCUCCUUCAUUCGUGCAUACUUAUCAGGAAUAAUCGAAGUGACCACGAGUUUAAAAGUCAACGACAAAAUUGUAACGAACAAAGAGAGUAGAUUAAAAAGAAAAAAAAAAGAAAAAAAAGAAAUAAAAAAGAACGAAAAGAAAGAAACGAAAGAAAAAGACGUAAAGAAAAAAUCCGAUGGACGAAAAAAGAAGAAAUGCAAGAAGAAAAAAUGAGAAACUGACGUAACUCGGAAAAGGAGAGCGUGAAAAUCAAUAAGAAGAUGUCUAGUCCCAUAAAACAGUGAUAAAUUUGGUCGUGGUAUUUUCUCGAGUCAAAGGAAAAGAGAUUUUUAAGAGACGAGAAUAAUAAGUCGUUCGAUCGUCCUCCCUUCGAAUCCACGGCGUGAAAUGUCGGGAAUUUUUGGGAAAUUUAUUGCUCUUAUCUGUAUAUAAAUUAAAUUUCGACAAAUUUUUCCAUAAAUCAAAUAUUUUAAGUCCAAAUCUAAAGAAAGAAUGAAUAUGAUAAAAGAAGGAAAAAAAGAAAAAAAAAGAAAAGAAAAAAUCGUGGAUUUCUCGUACGUGGAUCGUCGCAUCGUUUCGAGAACGACAUCUCUUCUUGAGUGACACGGAGGAUUUUGGAAUAAAUUGCACGAAUUCGUAGCUGAAUAAGAAAAAAAAAAAAAAAUGGAGAAGCUGUACAUGUUUGAAAAGAUCCCGGGCCAAUAAUCGCGCGCGAUCUUCUGAGAAAGACUUAAAUCCAGUGUUGUAACGUCUAAUCUAAUACGUUAAACGUAUGUAUAUAUAUAUAUGUAUAUAUAUAUAUAUAUAUAUAUGUACCUUUUUUGCUCGAUUUUUCGUUUUAUUUUAUUAUUAUUUUUUUUCUUCUUUUUUUUUAACAAGACAUAAAUGUGAAAUUUAGAUUUAGUUUCGGAGAUAUUCUCUCUAUACAUUUUUUUUUUGUCUUUUUUCAUUUUUCUCGCACGGUUACCGGCCACUUUCAACCCCCUUGUCGAACAAUGAUCUCACUAGUAUUAGAGCUAAGGAAUUUUCUAAGUUUAAUAAAUUAGUGCUGAACGAACUAGUCACUAAGGACGACGGUGAGAGGUAGCUAGCAACCAAGGGAAAAGUGAAAAAUAAUCGUGAAGUAGUUUUCAAUCAAAAAAUUUCCAUGAAAAUGAUAAAAAUCGAGUAAUGGUUCUGACUUUCUUUAUUUCUUUUUUUUUUUUUUUUGGAUAAAAUCCAUGCGAAAAAUUUAGUAUCUGAUUUAUAAGAAAACGGAUUUUAAUAGAAAUCGAUUUUUUUUUUAAAUCUAUUUUUUUACAUCUAAAUUUUUCAGCCUGGAUAAUACUAUUCUUCGUUUCCCACGAAAAGAUUUGAAACAGAAGAUUUCCAAAUUAAAUUGGAAUCUUCUCGAGGCAAAAUUGAACGAUUUUAAGACAACCAUUAUAGUAAUUUCGAAAUUUAUUUUCGUUACGUUCGCUAUUCGUUACAAAGCGCAUAUUACUAAUAUAGAAAUUUCAAAAGAACAACAUUCAGACUGCUUUUCAAUCGAAUGACCUAAAAAGGAAGCGCAAUUGCUCUUUACAACCGAACACAAAUAAGCAGAUGCAUAUAAACGGAUAUACCAGCGAUAGAACAUUGCCGUGCCGUUUAACACCAUUCAAUUUUGCCUCGUACUGUAUAGUGAGAUACUCGAGGCACACUCGAGUGGUGCAUAAUGAUCGAGGAUCGCGAACCACCAGAUGUGUUUAAACGUCAUUUGCUUAGUUUUUCAAUUAGUUAAUUUAUUUCAUUCGAUCCUCGAUACAUUCGAGUGUGCCAUUUUAAAUUCCGCUGUUUUUAUGCGUAGUGAGUAGUGUAUGCAAAUUAGUGAGAUAUCGGAAGAAAUAUAAGUAAGAAUCUUAAUAAAUAUUCUAGAAUGAUAAUUAAUCCUGCUAUGCUCUUUGGAUCAUCUUUUGAGGUCCAAUCUAAUAUUUUUCUAUCUAUAUUGAUGAAUUGGGAAUACGAAAGAAUCGUAGUUAUCUAUUUUUAUUUUUUAUUCAUAAUUCUUCAAAUUCGAUUUUUCGUGAAAAUUCGUAUAGAUAAAGAUUUAUAAAAGAAUUCGUAGCAGAGUUAAUACUUUUUUUUUUCUUUGUC